AAUAAACACUUCCUCAAUAACUGUUUAUAUAUGGACACUAUAGACCACUUUUCCGUUUAACUUCUCAUUCUCGAUUUAAAGUACAGGAGAAACAAUGGACACAGGAAGUCUCCCUUAUUUAACCGGAAUUAUCUGUUUAUAAUUGGAAACCAAUUAUAUCAAAUGUUUUCGCCCUGUUUAUUCAGAAGACACCUAAAGAUUAAAGUGAUCACAACUUUCAGUUGAUUUUUUUUUCAGUCAGUGACAUUUGUUUUGUUGGAACACCAUGAAUUUAUCAAACGACACUACCAGUGCCAUUCCAAGUUUUUCGGAUCCGGGGUUAUUUGACCGGUAUCAAUUUUUGACGGAAUCCCCGGGGGUGGCGAUUUCCGUCAUUGUGAUCCUCCUCUUGGCGGGUCUAGUGGGAACAUGUGGGAAUAUCCUGAUUUUGUUAGCGCUCUGCGUGAUGAAAAACAUGAAAUCACUCGAGUCCAUCUUCAUCGCAAAUUUGGCGAUAUCCGACAUGUAUGUAACGCUUGUGGCUGACGGCAUGAGCAUUGUUGCAAAGCUAGAGGGCGAAAAUUUCUUCAGCUUGUACCCAGGUCUUUGUCAGUUCAUAGCGUACGGUUGCACGAUGUCCUGCGUGAACUCGCUAGGUACAAUUGCAUUGAUGAGUUUCAACCGAUACAUUUUUAUCUGCCAUCAUCAAUAUUAUGAUAAAAUUUUCAAGAAACCCACAUGCAUAUUGAUGUGUAUAUCGCUGUACUCCGUUGGUCUUCUGCUGGUGCUUUUGAAUUUGGCGGGAAUUGGUGACCAUUCUUUCGACAGAAAGAGCCUGGAGUGUAUUUGGGAUCGGAUGGCAACGUAUUACUACACUGUCGUGUUUUCUGUAACUCUAGUCUGGAUCCCGGUUCUCGUUACGGGGUUCUCGUAUCUGAACAUCUACAUCAUGGUGACCAAAAGCACAAAGAGGAUGAAAAAGCACCAAGUUCGAGAUCAGCCAUCCAAAUCCUCCAUCAGUCUGGCGCGAACUCUGUUCAUAAUUUACGCGGUUUUCGCCACAUGCUGGAUCCCGUAUGCUCUCAUCAUCGUGGUUGACAGAAAUGACACUUUCCCGCAUGAAGCCCACCUGUAUGUGACCGUCUUUGCCCACCUCCAUCCCUCGAUCAACUGGCUCGUCUACUACUUCACGAAUACCAAAUUUCGUCGCGCCUUUGACAAAAUUGCAGGUUUACAUCGCGUCUUUGGACUUUGCAGACGACAGCCACCGGAGAGUAUCGACUCUACUGGGGUACUGAGUACUUCCGAUUCUCAUCCCAAAAACAAGAAUACAAGCUUGGCUACCAUGUCUUCCGGGGACGAUUUCCCUAGUAAGGACACACCAACGAAAGACAGCGUGGACUCAUACAUGUGAGCAGACGAAAGACAGUGUAGAAUCGUACACAUGAGCAGAUUUAAUCUGAUACCGAGAAAGGGAAAAAAUCGAGACAUAUCUCAAUCUAUUUUAACAUGGUACGUCAUGUAAAAUAAAAUUGAAAAAAUAAGCAGGCUACAGUGUAUAAGAAUUUCCAAGGCUAGGGAAUAGAAAACAACGAGUUAAAUUCAAAUCACAUUCUAUCAAAUAUCUUGGCGUGAUAUGGACAUGGAUCUACGAAUUAGUCCUUUUUUGGUGAAGUUUGUGACGCAGUAAAUAUUCAAUUCAUUCCAACAUUAGUUGUUACGUCACCAAAGUAACAUGAGCGUCUACGAUAUAGCCAAAGCAAAUCAGACACACAUGUGAUAAAGAUAUGAUUUUUUUUUAAUUCUGUCGCGUGUUUAAUUUUAUAUUUUUAAUUAACUUGUGAUGGUACGAAGUGUUACUGUAAAUUCCUUAUUUUACGCGAGUACUUAAUUCCGCGAUCCCGCUGUUUAGUAUCAAAUGGCGAGAAUAUCAAAUCGCGAACGCAGAACAUUUAUCCAUAUUUCUUAAAGUUAUCAACUCUCAGAAAAUAAUUGCGAGGUUUUAAAAUCCGCGAGGGAUGCUUCUCGCGAUUUUACCCGGAUAUAAAUUCCUCGCGUUUAAUUAGGAAUUUACAGUACCACUUACAUUUUUUAAAAUGUUUCUUUUGAACAUAAUUUAUGUACUCCAAUUGAAAUCUUUAAUCAAUCGAUGCUGUUAUUAAUAUGUGCUUAUAGUAUAGUGUGUAUCAUUAUCAGAGCAUGUGCGAACAUUUUUUUAAAUGUAUCU